AAGAUUGAAGUAGUCCCAGACGCAAAGAGGAGGCAGUGGCGCAGCUAGUGCUGAUUCUCUCUUGCGUCUCAAACCCGAGUUGGAGCUAAGUUUACAGGGACCUCAGGAUGGCUUAGGGAGCAACUUCUUCUAUCCAAGUCAUCAUGUAUGGAAGCUGCCUUUUGGAAAAAGAAGCGGCCAUGUACCCAGGUACUCUCAGGAGCCCUGGAGGAGGCAGCACAACCGGGGUGGGCACCUCUGGGAGCAGUGGUAGUCCGCUGCCUGCCUCCAACUUCACUACGGCCCCAGCUUACCCACACUACAUGGGGUACCCUCAUAUGCCUAACAUGGAUCCCCACGAGCCUUCGCUGGGAGCCUGGAGCUCACCCUACAGUCCGCCUCGGGAAGACUGGAGUACAUACCCUGGGCCGUCCAGUACAAUGGCCACAGUACCCAUGAACGACAUGACCUCAAGCUCUACGGCUUUCGGCUCGCCAGACUACAGCAAUCUGGGCCCCACCAGCGGCGCAAGCAACAGCGGUAGCCUGCCAGCCCCCGCCAGUGAGUCAUUGGUCUCCAUCGACUCAGGCACCGUUGGUGCCAGUUCUCCCAGCAGGAGCCGCCACAGCCCCUACGCGUGGAUGCGCAAGACUGUGCAGGUGACCGGGAAAACAAGAACAAAAGAAAAGUAUCGUGUGGUUUACACCGAUCAUCAAAGGCUGGAGCUGGAAAAGGAAUUUCACUGCAAUAGAUACAUCACAAUCCGAAGGAAGUCAGAGCUGGCAGUUAACCUGGGCCUUUCUGAGAGACAGGUGAAAAUCUGGUUUCAGAAUCGCAGAGCCAAGGAGAGAAAGAUGAUCAAAAAGAAAAUCUCCCAGUUUGAGAACACUGGCGGUUCCGUGCAAAGUGACUCUGGCUCCAUCAGCCCUGGGGACCUGCCCAACACUUUUUUCACCACUCCAGCUGCUGUCCGUGGAUUUCAGCCAAUUGAGAUACAACAGGUCAUAGUCUCCGAAUGAAACAAGAGCAGAGAAACAGAAGCACCCUUCCCAUUGCAGUGUCUCUUUGGUCUCUAAGAUAUCAGCAGGGCAGUUGAGAUGGGAUGUAAUUCCUUAUAAGGCAGAAUUCCAAACAAAUGGACACACAAUGAGUUGGAGAUAUUUCAGAAGACUCUCCCAUUCAGAAACUCUCCCCAGAUAAUUCCUAUUCUACACUGUUAUAUGGGGGCUGGGCAGGAAGUUCAGUGAUAAGCUUUGCUACUUAAAAUCUAGACUCAGGAGCCCUUGCAACUUUCCUUACAAUUUCAGAAACUUGCUUGUACACAGAUUUUCAAACACAGUCCUGCCCAGAGGCACAUGCGCAUAUAUGCUCUUGUGUUUGUUAUUUGAUUCUGAGUGUUUGUGGUCUUUUUUAGGGGUAGGAGGAAAGUAAGCAGAAGUUUCUCUGUCUCUAGAUACCUUUUCAAACAGUCAUUAAAAACAUCCAGUUUUCUUAACAAGCUAAGUUUGUAAAACAGCAUCAGGAGGUUAUUACAAAUCUAUCGCCACUGGCUAAUAAAAAGGAGAUCAUUUUUCCCCUCGAAUAAAACUUGUCUGCCAUCAAAUACCUAAUCAUAGAACUUAGAAGAUAUAUCCAUUUCAGAUCUUGUCAGAACAAUGAAAUCAGACUAGAAUACCACAUGCCAGGUUAAUUGAGUCGAUAGCAAGGCAGACAGAUAUUCACCACACAGAAUAAACUGUCCUACACUGGCGUGCGCCACCACCUCCUGACAGGCCUCUAGUUUUAAGACAAUUACUUGUCUGGGGGUUGAAAAUAAGAACUGUGUCUUCCCAGUCCUUAAGAAAAUCUCAGAAAAGGGGCUUAUAGUUCCGAGGUUCCUACUGAGGAUACACCAAUUAGUGCUGAAAGAUUUAAGGAAAAGCCACUUCUGACAGGACCUCUUGGAAGUAUAUUCCUUCCAACACACGUGUGAAGAAGGCAUCAAUCACUCCAUUGUACUGAUAAGGAAAACGAGUUGUGAGCAUCAGGUCACUUUCCACAGACAUAAAAUAAGACAACUACAGAUGCUGAUGAGGACCUCUGCCUACAGAGGGGGAUCUUCCUCAGUUUGAAAGGAUAAGUCCAAAUUCAUUCCUAAUACAUAAAAGAUGCACCUUUGGCUGUAACAGUCGAUUUACCUGUA